CGGGUCCCAUACUUUAACCCUGUGGGAAACAGGGACGGCGCUAGCUCGGAGGUCAGGGGUGCUCGAGCCCCAUCGGAAAUCCCUGCCCCUCCAGCAUUUGAUUUGAUAUAUUUGAGGAGAUAUUGAUGAAUUCUUUUCUCAAAACCCUGGAGCCGUGCUUGGUGGAAAACGGAAACGUUUUCACUCCCAGCCCCUAAAAAAAAAUCCGUUUUUGUCGGUGGCCAACCAUGGCCGCGCUGUACGUUGGCGAUUUGCACGCGGACGUGACGGAAGCCAUCCUUUAUGAACGACUGAGCCGAGUAGGGAUCAUUUUGUCCAUCCGCGUGUGUCGAGACAUGAUGACCGGGCGCUCGCUGGGAUACGCGUGUGUCAACUUCCAGCAGCUUGCAGACGCCGAACACGCGCUGGACACGAUGAACUUCGACCUGAUCAAGGGUCAGCCCAUGCGCAUCAUGUGGUGGCAGCGGGACCCUUCGCUGAGGAAGAGCGGCGUGGGCAACGUCUUCAUCAAGAACUUGGACCGCUCCAUCGACAACAAUGUCCUGUACGACAUUUUCUCCUUCUUCGGCAACAUCUUGUCCGGCAAGGUGGUGUGCGACGAGAACGGCUCCAAAGGCUACGGCUUUGUGCACUUUGAGACUCAGGAGGCGGCCGAGAGAGCCAUCGCGGAGAUGAACGGCAAGCUUAUCAAAGAGCGAAAAAUAUUUGUGGGUCACUUCAAAUCCCGCAAAGAGCGCGAGGCCGAGCUGGCGGUCCGAGCCAAGGAGUUUACCAACGUCUACGUGAAGAACUUUGGCGACGACGUGGACGACGACACGCUGAGGGACAUCUUCAGGACAUACGGAAACACCACCAGUGCCCGCGUGAUGAUGGACGAGCACGGCUCGUGUCGAGGCUUCGGCUUUGUCAGCUUCGCCAGGCACGAGGAUGCCCAGAAGGCAGUCGAUGAAAUGAACGGGAAGGAAUUCCACGGCAGGAAUAUCUACGUCAGCCGCGCCCAAAAGAAGGUGGAGCGGCAGGCCGAGUUGAAGCGCAAGUUUGAGCAGAUGAAGCAAGAUCGCAUCUCGCGUUACCAGGGUGUCAACUUGUACGUGAAGAACCUCGACGACAGCAUUGAUGACGAGUGCUUGCGGAAAGAAUUUGAGCCCUUCGGCAUCAUAACCAGCGCCAAGGUGAUGACGCAGGGCGGGCGCAGCAAAGGCUUCGGCUUCGUCUGCUUCUCGUCCCCGGAGGAGGCGGGCAAGGCGGUGGCGGAGAUGAACGGCCACAUCGUGGCCACCAAGCCGCUGUACGUGGCGCUGGCCCAAAGGAAGGAGGAGCGGCAGGCCUACCUGACGCGCCAGUACAUCCAACGCAUGACCAACGCUCGGCCCGUGCCCAACCAGGUCGUCAACCCUUACCAGGCGGCGCCGCCCCCGGCUUACUUCAUAGCUCCCAUUCCUCAGGCGCAGAACCGUAACGCCGCUUACUUUGCGCCAGCUGCCCAGGUGGCGCAGCUGUGUCCGAACCCUCGCUGGGCCACGGCAGGUACCCGCUUACCACAAGCUCAUACAAACCCGGCCGCCUCCGUGCGGACCUCGGCGCCGAGCCCUCCCGAUUUGGCUUCGAGGCGCCUCGCCUCCCAGGGACCCCGUGGGCUCUCCGCCCGGCGCGCCGCGUCCCAGAGUCUGAGCCCCCGAGCCGAGUCCCCGCUCUCCCCCGUCUGCGCGGUUCCUCAAUACAAGUACGGGGCGGCAAUCCGCAGCCCUUUGAACCCCAUGCCGCAUACACAGCCUGCCGGCCACACUCCGAAGCCCCUAACAGCCUCCGUGUUGGCUUCCGCUCCCCCACUGGAGCAAAAGCAGAUGUUGGGUGAGUGUUUGUUCCCGCUCAUCCAGAGCAUGCAUCAAGACCUGGCGGGGAAGAUCACAGGCAUGUUACUGGAGAUCGACAACUCGGAGCUGCUCCACAUGCUGGAGUCCCCGGAGUCGCUCACGUCCAAGGUGGACGAGGCCGUGGCCGUCCUUCAGGCUCAUCAGGCCAAGGAGUCGUCCCAAAAGGCUUACUGAAGCUCCACCCAUCAAACCCGAGGUAGGGCGCCCGCCGUCUACAAGGCAGCCUUUGUAGGAAAGACGCACGCAUGGUAAUGAGAGCGUCGUCAAGGUAUGAUGCAACCGAUGGCCGUGAAGGAGCCAAGUCGAACACAUCCAAGUCGAUAGAAAACAUCGUGAGCUGAUGAGGACAAAUCGGAAUCAUCAACAACAGAAUAUACAAAACAACAACAAAAAUCAGAGGGGGGGGGAAGCACACGAGCGAGCAAAGCAUAAAAUAUGAAAUCAAAAGAAAAUGAAAAUGACCAUAAAUGUCAUUCGCCAAAUUAAAUGACAGAAAUAUUUUUCUAUGGAGUUUUAAAGUGAGUCUUUUGUGCCAUUUUAUAUGUAUUUGUACCCAUUUGAAAUGUUUGAGCUUUGAUAAGUCAAGCCUUUUUUUUUUUUUUUCUCGAUGUGCUUAUUGACUAAACGUUCUCGCACUGUUUGUGGGCCCUUUUUUU